AUGGAAGAGAAAAUAAGGCACCUGCUCAACACAAGAGUGACCACAGAUCAGAUCCGCACUUACUUCAAGCAGCAGGAAUUAUUCUGUAGGUGCUCCUUCUACAUCGAAAUCAAAGGCAAGGAUUUGGAAACACAAACCACCAUGUCUGUCCCUGUACGGUACCUCAACCCACAGAGGUUUAUGCGGGUGAAAUGUGACGCCAAGACCCAAGUGAGAGUGCAACUGGCCUAUCAGACAGAGCUCCUCAAAAAGCUUGUCAGGAGCAGGGAAGAUAUUGCAGUCAUUGCUGACAAAAUCCAUCAUGGAUACGUUGUUCGUGAAGAAGACGACAUUGACCGUAAAAUGUCAGAACUUCUGGACACUGCUGCAGAGUUUGAAAACUCCCUGCUGCUUGGUCCUGUCCACAACCGUCACAAGCUCAUCUUCGAGGCCACCAGGGCUGAAGUAAUUCCGCGGCUUACUUUGGAACUAAAACUCAAGAAACCAGUGAUCUUUGAGAGAGACCUCUGUGUCGUGUCAUCGGAAGUCGCCUACCUGCAAUGGAGAAUUCAGGAGGAUCAGGAGCAGGAGCAGGACGAUCCAGGCGAAGAGUUCAAGAUCCAAUACGAGGUCCGAGAUUCAGGACUCCACGAUGCAAGCAACCAGUGGAUCAACUGUGGGCUUAACAGAGCAGUAAUUAUAAGUAAUUUGAUUCCAGGCAAAUUAUAUAAAUUUACCAUCAAUAGGGUGAACUCCUGCUACCUGGUCUACAGCAAGUGGACUGAUACCAUCUGGCGUACAACCUCACCUGACUGCUAA